AUGCUGAAGUGCGUAGAAAUCUGUAGACUGUGGGAAAGGAAAAUCAUUAAGAAGUGAGAUGAUGUUGAUGUUUCAAAUGGUAUUACUGCUCUGUGUUGGGGGCUCAGUGGCACAAGAUUUGUCGCCGAUUGUGAACAUUAUUGAAGAGCUGGAGAAACUUAAGAACAUGGAGGAAAGGAUAAAAGCCUUAGAAGAAACAAUGAACAAAGUAGUGAGUGAGAAUGAAGACAAAAAGAUUGCCUUUUCAGCAGCACUGCUAGCAUCGGGAUCAGGGCAAACCGGACCCUUUGAUACUUCAAAAACUCUGACCUACAAAAAAGUCUUCAGUAAUGUUGGAGAUGCCUAUGACUCAAACACUGGUAUUUUCACAGCACCAGUUAAAGGAGUGUACUACUUCAGAUUUUAUGCUCAUUGUCACGCUGGAAGAACAUCAGCAGUCACCCUCUAUAGGAAUAGUCAAAGCCAAUGCUCUAUCCACUCUUGGAAGCCUACUUCCAAUGGUAAUGCCAGCAAUGGCAUUGUUCUCACACUGGAAAAAGAUGAUCAAGUUUACACACAACUGUGGGGGAAGACUUGGGUUUAUGAUGAUGCCAGCAGCUACACUAGCUUCAGCGGUUUUAUACUUUUCCCCUUGUAAAUGUCUGAAUCUUUUGUCACCUCUAUCCAGAACAGCACGUGAUGUUUUUAAUUUAUCUAGUAGGGUGUUAAAUAAUUAGAUUUAUUGUAAGUAAACUACACAGGGUUUGCUGUCACGGAAAACCUGGAAAUAUUUGUGAAAUUGUUUAAAUUGUGAUUUCCAGGGCUGAAAAAAUUAUAUCUAUAGUUUUUUUUUGUUAUGCUCAGGUCUAAAAUGUUUCAUCAGGUUGAAAUUGUUCUAUGUGAGUGCUAUCUCUAAAAAAAUAUAUAUUUUUAAUAUAAUCAUCCAGAAAUCACUUAACUCGAAAACUCAUGGAAUUGCAUUGGUCAAAGGGUGUGGGAAUCCUGUUUAUACCUGGAUUUUGCAUUUAUCUAUCUCUUGUGGCCUAGAUGUUCUGCAACCAAGAUCAAAAGAAUUCAUAAAGUAUAUGACAUUUAAAUCUGGACAAAACAGAGUGAGAACAAGGUUGUCUGUCAAAACACUAGUUAUCUAUUGCUUCAAGAUAUAUAUAUAUAUAUAUGCGCCUUAUGGCACUAAACAAUUAAUAAAUUGAAUUCCCCUUUACAGA